UUAAUGUUUGAUGAAAUUCCUGAAAGAAUGAUUUUAUGAUUCUGUUAUAGAGUUUUAGAUGUUGGAGGACAAUAUUGAGCACAAGUACUUGUACAACUUGCUGUUCUUGUUGGGGUGUUGGUGUAUUUGUGAUUUCGGCUCCUGUUCUUUGUAAAUGAACGAGCAGAAGAUUGAUUGCCAGGAACGAAUUUAUCAACACAACCAUGGACUAAUCAGUGAUUCUAACUUUGAACUUGGUAGCCAUUCUUCUCAUCAGCUCUUGGAUCUUCAACAACUGCCUUGGAACAUGGGAGUUUGGGUUCAGCAACCUACCACGGAUCAAGGAGUGUCACAGCUUCAAAAUCUUGGGCCUGAAAAAUCACCAAGCAGCAUUAUGAGCCGAUUUGAAUCACCGGCUUCGCUUUUCUAUGCAGCUGAAAGAUGCAUGGGAUUUCCUGCACACUAUGAGUCUCAAGAUGGUGGUAGUCCUAAUCUUCCACAGUUUCCUUCAGGCCAAUCUUUUGUGGAAAGCUACUCAAUGGAAUCAUCAGAGGACAUCAGAAACACCUUGCAAUCAAUUGUGAAAUCCCAAACCAACAGCUCUCAGUCUUACAAAUCCUUUGAGAAGUCUAAUCAAAUCCCGAACAACAAUUUGAGAGGCAAUAAACUCUUUCUGCAUCAACAUAUGAAUCAAGAUAGCACUACUGCCUCAGUUAGGAGACCCUUUUCACUUGCUUUCAAAGAAAAUCAGGAACAAGUGAGCUUCUUUUCUCAGCAAGCAAAGCAGUCUUCAAGAACUUCCUCCGGAACUACAUCUGCAACUUAUGCUGAUUCUUCUUCAACCAGCCCAUCACUCUCGAGUAAAACACGUAUACGAUGGAAUCAAGAUCUUCAUGAGAAGUUUGUUGAGUGUGUAAAUCGUCUUGGGGGUGCUGACAAAGCAACACCUAAGGCAAUACUGAAGAUGAUGGGCUUGGAGGGAUUGACCAUCUUUCAUGUCAAGAGUCAUCUGCAGAAAUAUCGAAUUGCAAAAUAUUUGCCAGACUCUGCAGAAGGAAAAUCAGAGAAAAGGGCUAAUGUGAAUGUCGAACCUCAGCUCGAUGUGAAAACUGGCUUGCAAAUCACAGAGGCACUGCAACUACAACUAGAUGUCCAGAGGCAACUUCACGAACAACUAGAGAUACAGCGAAAAUUACAGUUGCGCAUUGAAAAACAAGGGGAGCAGCUUAAGAAAAUGUUUGACCUGCAGCAAAAAACAAGUGAUAACAUGUCAAAGACUCCAAACGUAGAUUUCACAUGCCACGAAGAUGGUCCAUCAAAUAAUGAAAUUCAAGUUUCAAGUCCUGAGGGUUCAGGGAAUUCCCACUUUCCAUCCAAGAUAAGUUAGGGAGAAAAGCAUAUCAUUAGGUUAUUCUCAUGGUUUAGUGCUUCUGUGGUUGCAUCAAAGCUUGACGGAAUCAAGAACCCGUUACUCUUUAGAUGCUUCUACAAGGUGAAGAAAGAAUAGCAGAAACCAGAAGAUGAUACUAUAAUCCCAUGUGUGUGUGUGUGUGUGUGUGUGUGUUGGCUGGUAGAAUAGAUGCUGUAGAAUGAUUUUUGUUAUUUUCACAUAA